GAUAGGAUGAUGAAGGAGCUUCACUCACAAGGCAAGACCAUGGAAGACAUCGAGCAAGUGUUGAAACGAACUCCGAUCCAUCCUCGAGUAAUCCCAGCAAUUGAAUCUGCCUUUGCUUUAGGGUGCGAGCUGAGGAUCGUGAGCGAUGCAAAUAUGUUCUUCAUCGAAACCAUCUUGAAGCAUCAUGGAAUCAGAGAUUAUUUCUCAGAGAUCAACACCAAUCCAGGUUUUGUUGAUGGACAAGGAAGGCUCAGGAUUUUUCCUUAUCACGAUUUCACCUGCAACUCUCCCCAUGGCUGCAUUAAUCCUUGUCCUCCAAACAUGUGCAAAGGUUUGAUAAUUGAGAGGAUUCAAGCUUCCUUGUCCAUGGAAGGAAAGGAGAAGAAGAAGAUGAUAUAUCUUGGUGAUGGCGCAGGGGAUUACUGUCCCAGUUUGAAGCUAAACGAAGGAGAUUAUGUAAUGCCAAGAAAGAACUUUCCGGUGUGGGAUCUAAUCAGUAAAAAUACGAAGUUGGUAAAAGCUGAGAUUCACGAAUGGAGUAAUGGGGAGGAGCUUGAAUAUAUCUUGCUGCAGAUCAUCGACAAAAUUUAUAUGGAGGAAGAAGAGGAGAAUAUUUGUCAAUUGAUUUCGGGAGAUUACUGCAAGUUCAAAACAAUUUCAGUCGUCGAGCAUGAAACCUUGCCCAAGGUUCUACCAGUUCCUCAGUAAUGCGUUCUUCACUAACCAAAGAAAAUUACUAAUGAAAAUUUUAGCUUUGGUGAAGUAACUGUAAAAUUAGUUUUUCAAGAAACAACGUAAUAUCUAUACAUGUAUUUUCCCCAAGAACUCGUCUACCAUUUUGGCAAAAACAAUAAUGGUGUUGGUGGAUUAUAACCA